AACUAAAUGGAGGGUUUCGAGUUAAUGAAACAGGGGGCGGAGGCCAGACUAUAUCAUGGCACGUAUUUAGGCAGACCGGCCCUAAUAAAGGAAAGAUUCGUAAAAAACUACCGUCACAAGCACCUAGAUGACCAUUUGACUAAAGAGCGUAUGAAGGCGGAGACCCGAGCAAUUGUCAGGUGUAAAACGGUCGGGAUUCCCACACCGAUGCUCCUGCUGGUGGAUUUCGAACGCAGGAUGAUCUUCAUGGAGCAUUUCGUUUACAGCAUCACCCUACGGAAUUACAUCGAGAUGGCUCCGUUGAGCACUUUGUUGGAACUGGCCAUUUUGGUGGGGAAAACCUUGGGGAGGAUGCACGAGGGCUGCAUAAUACAUGGAGACCUCACCACAAGCAAUAUGCUCUUGGUGAAUAAGCACAGCAAGCACGAGUUUGGAAAUUUAAAGGAGCUGAAGCUGGUGCUGAUCGAUUUUGGACUGGCACAUGUUGACCCCAGCACAGAGGACAAGGGGGUCGACCUGUAUGUGCUGGAGAGGGCUCUGUUGAGCACUCACGCUGUCGCUGAGAAGUUAUUUCCUGAAAUUAUUAAAGGCUAUCGACAAGAAUAUAAGAAAAACUUUAGGGAGGUGUGGGCGAAGUAUGAGGAAGUGAGAGCCAGGGGGAGGAAGAGAACCAUGGCUGGAUAAAUAAAAGUAUUUUUUUUUUAUAAAUAAAAGCAUGAGUUUUAUUUGGGGCCUAAUGGCACACAAACUGAAAUCAGCAUAGACAGACGUCACCAUGACAGGUGAC